CGCUUCCCGGCGGCGCUCAGUUUGCUCCCGGUGGCGGGUCCGUGCGGGCUCCCGGCCGGUGUGUCACGGGCAGGCGACUUCCCUCGAGCCCCGCGGGCGAGGGCGAAGGACAGUGGCUCCGACUUGGUCCGGCUCGCGUACCCCGCGCCUCCGGAGACGGGUCCAGCCCUCGGUACCACGUACCCCGCGGAUGACGAGCUUCGCAGUUGCCUCGGCGGCCGGAGGUCGCUGCGCCCACAGGUUCCGAUGGCCGAUGAGGCGCAGGGCCUGGUCACCUUCGAGGACGUGGCUGUGUAUUUCUCCCGGGAGGAGUGGAGGCUCCUCACUCCCGCCCAGAAGAGCCUGUACCGGGAUGUGAUGUUGGAGAACUUCUCGCUCACCUUCUCGCUCGGGUGUCCCCAGAGACUGGACAACGCGGAGGCCCCUCCGCAGCAGAUGAAGAGCUGCAGAGUCCACCGGUCAGAGCACCCUCAGUGUGGGGAGCCUGAGGAGGACGUCCCUGCCCCGCCAGGCCCCCUCCAGCACCAGGCCACCCACGGUGCGGGAAGGCCCCACAGCAGCACGGGGCUCUGGGAGCCCUGGCCACCCAGCUCCCGUCGCCAGCAGCAGCAGCAGCAGCAGCAGCAGGGAGUCCGGUGCAGCGGCUGCGGGAAAGCCUUCCUGGAGGCCUUCGCUCUCCUCGACCACCUGGUAACUCACCGUGAGGAGAGGCCCUGUGGGUGCCCCAAAGGCGGAAAUGCCCCCAAGGAGAGCACGGCCCUGGUGGGUCACAGGAAGACCCACACGGGAGCAACGCCCCACGUGUGUCACACGUGUGGGAAGGCCUUCAGUUACCCAUCGAAGCUGAGGAAGCACCAGAAGGUGCACACGGGCAUCAAGCCUUUCAGGUGUGGCGAGUGCGGGAGAACCUUCAACCGCAAAGACGCCCUCGCCCUGCACCGGAGGGUCCACACCGGAGAGAGGCCCUACGCCUGCGGGGAAUGCGGCAAAGCCUUCAGCGUCCUGUCCACCCUCAUCCGGCACCGGAGGGUUCACAUCGGAGACAGGCCGUAUGAGUGCCGGGAAUGUGGGAAGUUCUUUAAAUACAGCCAGAGCUUCACCCUCCACCAGAGAGUUCACACCGGAGAGAAGCCUCACGUGUGCACGCAGUGUGGGAAAGCGUACGUGACCCGCUCCGGCCUGUACCAGCACCAGAAGGUCCACACCGGCGAACGGCCCUACGAGUGCAGCCUGUGUGGGAAGACCUUCACCACCCGGUCCUACCGCAACCGGCACCAGCAGUUCCACUCGGGGCAGAGGGCCUACGAGUGCGCGGAAUGCGGGAAAGCCUUCAAACACAGCUCCACGCUCCUUCAGCACAAGAAAGUCCACGCAGCGGCAAGGUCAUAGGCGGCCGCGAUGUGGGAAGGCCGUUUGCCAUAGCUGCCACCUUGCUCAGUGCGGAAGGAGAUUGAGGAGAGGAGCCAGGCACACCCCAACACCCCCGCUGGGAGGGGUCAGGCGUGUGGGAAGCUUUCGGGAACUGUGUUGCACUUGGACCUGCCCAGGCCUCUGCUGUCCGGCAGUCCCCACCGUGGCAUCUGUCACCCCAGGGUGCUCCCUGCUCCGUGUAGAACAGAGUCCUGAGUGUUGGAGCCCAUAUUGGGCGUUACAUCCCGACUGGUUUAGGUGUGGGCAUGACCCAGCAGUGCCCACUGAGGCGUGCGGGGAAGGUGAACCGGUCUCUCGUACUGUUGACACUGCACGGGCACCUGUUUCACACUGCUCUGGAGGGCACAGCAAUGUUGGCCAGUGUGGCUCAAUGGGUUGAACAUCCGUGCACACAGAGGUUGUUGAUCCCAUUCUCAGUCAGGGAACAUGCCAGGUUUGCGGGCUCGGUCCCCAGCAGCGGACAUGCAGGAGAGGCAGCAGAUCGAUGGUUCUCUCUCAUCGAUGGAUGUUUCUUUCUCUCCCUUCCCCUUUCUCUGUCUAAAAGCAAUAAAACCAUUUUUUUA